GGCGGGGAACGCUCUGCAAUUGAACUAAAGGACCGCAGGCACACGAGCAUCCUCUUCUACAAACGCGUAUACAUCACAUAGUCAAUGGAUUACACCUUGUCCCUACAAGUGCAACACCAUCUGACUGUGUAUCCGACGCACUUAUACCAGGGCUACAGCGUAGAGUUACAGAUGAAGUCAACACAGGUGGACCACAGCCUUUUCACAGACAGUUACUGCAAAGUGUGCAGCGCACAGCUCAUCUCAGAAUCACAGAGAGUGGCACAUUAUGAGAGUCGAAAACAUGCAAACAAGGUGCGUUUGUAUUACAUGUUACACCCAGUGGAUGGAGGAUGCCCGGCUAAGAAGCUCAGAACAGAUGAUGGUAGCGACGACGGAGACGUGGAUAAGAACAAAUGCUGUACACUGUGUAACAUGUCCUUCACUUCGGCGGUGGUAGCUCAGUCUCAUUAUCAAGGCAAGAUUCAUGCCAAGAGACUCAAACUUCUGCUGGGGGAACAGCCUGCCAUAACAGCCAAAGAGGAGUCACCUAGUCCCGUGAAGACACCCUCCUCAGAAACCUCACCUGUUAGCUUGAACCGUCAGCACCGGGACUCCGACCGCUACUGUCAACUCUGUAACGCUUGGUUCAACAACCCUGGAAUGGCGCAUCAACACUACGACGGCAAAAAGCACAAGAAGAACGCAGCACGCGCAGACCUGCUGUAACAGUUGGGGAAGACUUUAGACGUGGGAGAGAUGAAAGGUCUGAAACGCUGCUACACGUGUGACAUCUGCAGCGUCACGCUAAAUUCAGUGGCACAGUAUCACGCACACCUGCAGGGCUCCAAGCACCAAAACAACCUAAAAAAUCAACUGUGUGUCCAGUGAGCCAUAGGAGAACCAAGAUGAUUGGAUUGAUGUCAGACAAGCUGUUAACAGCUUGCCCUGGAUUUUCUGCCUCUGUUAUCUUUCUCUCUCAUAAUUUUGCUCCAUUUCACUUUGUUGACUUGCUCUCAACUUGACCGCAAAAGAAGAUCCUCUUAAAAAUCAGCCUUUAUUCAUUCCCAAUGUCCCUCUGCCUCCAAGCCUCUUCUGCAGCAGUCCUCCUCCUCAUGACAUCAGACAUCUUGCCCUAAAACUCUGGAGCAGAUGUGACUUCAUCAAGUGAUGCCCACUUGCCAGUUUCUCUGUUACAUCACCAGACGUUUAUAUACUGUAUCUAAUCUCAGUCAGUUGUUGUGUGCAUGACUGAAUACGUUACUUGUGGUCACUCUUUCAGCUAAGCAACAUCUGUUCAAAAAUCUGCCAAAUUAUUUGUCAAGAAAAUUGUAGCAAAAGAAUGAACUUCUAUUGGAAACAGUUGUCCACGGUUCACGUUUAUGUCUUAUUUUUUAUGUGUGCAUUUGGGGUUCUACAGAAACACUUUGCUAGAUGUGUUUAUGUACAGUAUGUAUGUCUUAUCUGUAUGUAGCUGUUUUGGUGUGUUUGAUGAAUGGGCAUUUGAGAUGAUUUAUAAACGUGAACUCACAGCUAAUAUAGACUUAUUUAGAUUUCUGGUCUGGUUUUUAAUACAUUUUUGAAGUUUUCAACAGAUUUAAAUGAGGUUGCAUUAUAAUCUAAAAAAUUGUGUAGACUUAAGCAGAGUUCAAAAAACAGCUAAAUUCUUCAUCUGGUUGUUGGUCACAUAUUUCAGUUUGCCUGAAUACAUGCCUGCUGUUACCUUUGACGUGUGAACGUGAAAAGGUAUGUACAAGAUUACUGUAAUCGUCAUUCUCAGAAUAUUCUAAUAAUACUUUGAAUUAUUAUUAGAAGUGUACUGUAGAAGAUAUAUUUAAUAUAUUUAUUCAACUGUCAUAAGCUGCAAAACUAGUGCGUUCUUAAGCUUUUGCAUUUGCACUGAUUGUGUCUCUUUAUUUUCUCUCUUAAAAAAAAUGAGCGAUCAUCGUAAUGAGAACUUUUGACUUUAUUUUAUUCUUGAUAGAAAGAUGUCAGUUUAUUCCUUGGUACAAUCAAGAAAUAACAAAAUCAUGGAAAUUAUUAAAAAAACUGAAAACUAUAAAAAGUAAAGAUUACUCAUCCAAGCAUGGUAGAACGUAAUCUGUUAUGAUGUAUAUAAAGAUUUGAAUUUUAACAAACAAGUGCACAAAUACUUUAUCAGCUCUCUGUUUCAAAGAUAGAGAAAUCCAUUUAUGCAUUGUUUCAUUGGAACUAAUGUGUGUUCCCUUUAAGAGAGCAAGCUGUUGUUCUCCCUCUUUGUGCUCUGGGUCAUGUGAUCGAUUGUGUCUGAAAUGAAAUAAAAGGCACUUCA